UGUCAUCAUUCUAAAGAAGCAGUAUAUACGUGGCUGACCCAAGUUCACUUAUUCAUAAUUGGCAUUCUUUCUGGAGCAAACAACACGAUAUAUUUAUUGGAUUUAACUUGUACUCUUCUAACAUAUUUACUGAAUCACCUCUAGAAUAGCAUCAGUUGCAUGUAAGCAUGCCACCCAUCGCAUUUUUGCGAGGGUGGCUGCUUAUUUUGCUGCUGGUGUCGUUCCUUUUCCUUCAUUUUGGGGCAUUUUCCAACUUUGGUAAGUGAAUUUGUCACUGUCUCCGGCCAGGUUAGCUUAAGCAGGUAGUGAAAAUCUCGCAAGUCAGUCAAACCAGGAUUUUACAAUUCACUUGCAGUAUAAACACAAUUGAUGUUUGAAAGCUUGAAGAAACAAGGAAAUAUGUUGACUGAACAAGGACGAGUUGAUAAAAUAAACAACUUAAUAAACAAAUUAUUAAUAGAAGAUUUUAUCAUGAAUAUAACUGCUUUGUUUGAAACCAAAGAUUUAGCUAACUGUAUUGAAGAUAUUCUGGUCAUCCUCCCAAAAGACUGUGUUCAGUUGUGAUUUCAGUUGUAUUUUAUCUGUAAUUAACGUGAUUCUUUUCUUUUUCCCAGCCCCAAAUUCCCAGAUCAUUCAAGAAUUUUCCAUACAAGACGUUCUUGAGCUUCCCGACACGCUCAUUGACUAUUGGCCCAAGAGAUGGAGACCAGGUCCAAGUACGGAAGACAGGUCUAUACACCUGCUGAACAUCGCUAGUCUGUUCAUAAUCUGGAGGACAGUGUUCAGUAUAAAACGCAGGAUAUAUGAAUGGACAAGACAUCAUGUUCAACAAAUGAACACAGCGACAAUCGCAUUACAAAAUGAAAUAAAAGACCUGAAGAGAAACAUAAAAGAUCUCAAACAGCAGUGUAAGGAGGACAAAAAAAGCCUGGCCUCCACCAAGCUGGAAAACAAGAAGCUUAAGGAAUCUUGUAAGUUCUAUAUGGCACACAGCGAGAGAAUGGAAAGGGAGAAUGGAGAAUUUAAGGCUAACCUGGAUCAGCAGAAAAAUAUAUUUGAGGCUGACAAAGGAAGCCUUGAAAAGACGCUGGAAAGUAUAACCAACCUGCUUCAGGAGAAGGAACAGACUCUACAGCAGAAACUGGCUGAGCAGGAACUACUUCACCGUGCGCGAGAGGCUCAGUUACUGUCAGAGGUCAAGGCCUGUGAAAUGAGCCUUACGGCAAUGACCACCAAACGGAAGGCAAAUGAGGAUUCCUACAAGACCCAGAUAAAAGAACUCGAAGAACAUUUUUCAGAUUUGGAAAUUUCUUCAAAAAAUGAAAACGAUAUACUAAAGGAAUCUUUGAAGGCUUAUAAGGGGAGUCAGAUACAGCAAGAUGAGAUAAAAUCCCUUAAAUGCCAAUUGGAGAGCAUGGCCGAAAAGAUACAAGAGUUGGAGAGCACUCUUAAAAAUGAACGGGCUCAAAACGAGGCCACAGCUCAGAACAAAGAGCAAUUAGAUGGAUACAGAGGCCACUUCCAAGAGGAAAGAGUGCGCCAGCUUAUUCUGAAAGAUGAGGUAACAUUUCAUCAGAAUAAAGCUUAUACGAAUAAGGUGGCUUACCAUCAUUCUAAAAGAGCACUGGACAGGGAGAGAAACAAGACAGCCGACCUGCACAGGAAGCUGGAGGAGCUGAACAAAACGCUUGCAGAAUACUCUGGGAAAUCUGAGAGUCCUCAGUCAGCUCAAGCAGGCCCUUGUGAAAAAGAUGUUUCUCCUCACCAUGGUCAUCCCUCAAACUCAGUGAGAUCGGCUGCGGGUCAGGACAGGAACAGGAGGCAGCGGGGUGAGGGACAGCCUGGUCUCAGAGGCCGCAAAGAACCCUGCUCCUCUCAAUCAAAAGGAAUUACCUAA